AUGUGCCUCGAGUUCGGCUCGUGCUUCGGCGGCCGCAGACGGGACGACUACGGCCGCAGCAGAGGGAACCACGGCCACGGCUACUGGUCGGAGCCGGCGCCGGAGUACCGGCAGCCGCCCAUCGUGGCCGACCACGAGGACGGGCACAAGGCCUACCACGACAGCACGCCGAAAGACGACCACGCCCAUGUCGGCAGCCACGCCGCCUACUUGCAAGACCAGGCUGGCGGCGAGACGCCGCCGAGGCACCCCGCGUGGCACCACAACAAGGUCGGCGACGACACCGGCAACGGCGCCUACACGCCGCGCCCCCAUGAAGCUGCUGCGCCGAUCACAGGGACAACAACGCCGCCAUGGAUUGCCACCACCACCACCCUCGUCAGGUACUAG